GCUCCUCGUUCCCCCCUUCUCUCUCGCUUUAAACCCCUAGAGGGCGGUUUCUAGGGUUUCGUUUCGUUUUCGUCGGUUAAAAAUGCCGUUGGGUUUGAUUCUAGGGUUAGGGCGCGCGAUGAGGAGGAAGAGAACCUCGUCGCUGAGCAUUCUCUCUUCGAAGAGAGCUCCUCGAGAUUACUACAAAGGGAAGAACUGCAAGUCCACUGGUUUCCACACUCGAAAAGGCGGAUAUGUUCUGCAGGAUGAGAAACUGCCUCGAUAUAUCGUGCCAGAUCUCACUGAUUUUAAGCUUAAGCCAUAUGUAUCUCAAUGUGCCAGGGAUGCAGCUGCCACCUCCUCCGCUGAGUCAGCUGAUGCAAAAAAAUGAAUGCUAUUUGGUUUAACUUUGCUUACACUUAAGUGAGGAGACGUCAUUCAGGUGUAUCUAUUUAAUUUCUAUUUUGCAGAUAAUAGCAACCUGCAAAAGCUCUCUUUUCUGAGUGCUUAAUCUGGCCAUCUAUUUCAGUCAAUGGUUGAUAAUUGCAUAAUUAAUGGAAGUGGCAAUGUCACCUCUUGUUUGGUGAAAAUUCUUCUCCGAAUUUAUCAAUGCAUUCCCACCCUUCUUUUUAA